CUUUCAGGUAUAUGACUACAUGAGGGGGACCCCAUUAGCCUGCAUCCCUUAGUGAUGAAAUGGUGCAGAUUCUCCUAGUGACUGUUGUUGGUUAUGGAGUUUGAGUGGGAAACAGAUCUUGCUAUGGCUCUUUCUCAGGAUAAUUUAUUUUCUUGCACGCUGGUGAAUUCUGAAGGAGCAAAACCCGGUGACCUUCCCCAUGGAAUUGCACAAGUGCCUGUCCCAGGAGUCAGAGAAACUCAAGAGCAGAUUCCAUGGAGUCGAAGUAGAAAAACUGAUAAGAAAGCCCGACGUUCCCUCUUUUGGUACCAGCAGACUUCAACCUCCCAAGUCCUAGCCUACACAAGGAAACCCUCAUUCCAGUCUUCCAUCCACAAUGAUAAAACUCCUAGCCAGUUCCCCUUCUCUGCCCACUCUCAAGCCAACUUGGGACUGCUUUGGAUCCAAUGCAGCUUCACUAUUCCUGGAGAAGAGCAGAAAGCCCCAGGGGGAAGACUAAGAAUAAGGAGCCUCCUGGUUUCACUGUUCCCUUUCCUUUUUCUGGUUAUUUCAAAACUACAGGUUUGUAAGAUGAGUAAGCAGGUAUUAAAGAUAACAAGUACUAUGAUUUAUAUCCAGGCUACAAAUGAGGAGUUCAGGAUCGAACUCAGGUCUUGGAUUCAUUUUUGGCUGUGCAUAUUUUUCCCUAGAGGCAUUUAUGGCGGGAAAUAAGAAGUCACGAAACACAGCUGAUUUGAAGAGAGAGGCAGCUGACUAAGGACGAAGGCAGAAGAAUUUUCUGCUGGUAGGCAAGACAGUAGAAAUUAUCUGAAUGUAACAAUAAGAUAAAAGAUGGCACACAUGCAAGAACAGAUUUCUUAAAAACCACCAGCUAAAGUUUGUGUUGUUUCAUUCUCUUAUCCUCCAAGACAGCCAUAUUUUACCAUGUUAUACAUAAAUAAAAAUGACUUCCAGGCUUAUUUGAUUACAGACUGAAUUACUCUGUCACAGGAUGACAAGCAAUGACAAAGAGGUUCCCCAUAAUGAAAAUCUAGCAGACCCCAUGUUCUAACAAAAGGUGGUACAAAAAAAACAGGCAGAUUUUCCCUUCAUUCGUACUCUUUUACAUAUGAGCUAUAUAGUACUGUCAAUCUCUGUCAUGUCAAUAGGUCACCUGCAAGGUCUUAUAUUUGGCAGGGCAACAUAAGUUUCAC